AUGGAAAACAUCAACAAACGUGUGGAAUUGGAAGUGUGUGAAAGUGCAUUCAAUAAGCGAUUGCGUACUUUUAAUAUCGUGAAUAAAGUGGCGCGUGUUGAUAUUGAAGAAUUUUUGUGGGAUGCGUUUGAUAUUUAUAAAAGUGAAAUAUCAAGCAUUCAUGAAUUACAUAAUAUGGUGAAAUCAUCGACAACUCUUGUAGCUGAAUUUGAAAAGAAAAUACUGAACGCGAAUGAAAAAAAUGUACCUGGUCCUAGUACUAGUACUAGUGCAAGUGAAAGUAAUACGACUGAGGAGACAAUAAAGCAGACUUUAUAUUUUACAUCGCGGACUGUAACGAUUGCUUUGGGUGUGGAUUGGAGACAACAUUUUAAACAAUAUGUAAUUGAUGAGCUAAAAGAAAGCGUUGAAAAUACGGCAAUUCAAGGUUCUGGAUUUACGCUGGCUCAAAUUAUCAAAUUAAAUGUUCAAGUUUCUUCACUAAAACCACUGAACGGCGGAUCAUAUUUCGAAGCCCCUAAAAAAUUAAUGAGGAGAGGAGCAAUUAUCAACGUCAAAAAUAACGAUAAUAUGUGCUUCAAAUGGGCUAUUUUAUCUUGCCUUCAUAAUGAUAAAGUGAAUCAUAUGCCAAAUCGAGUCAACCAUUAUAUACCAUAUGAAAAUGAGCUAAAUUUCAAUAAUAUUGAUUUUCCGGUUUGUUUAAAAGACAUCGAUAAAUUUGAACAACAGAACGAGAAUAUAUCCAUCAAUGUGUACCAUUAUGAUGACCGUACAGAUCUUGUAUCUACACUGCGAGUGAGCAACAAUGUAAAAGAGAAACAUAUUCAUUUGCUCAUGUUAACUAACAGCAGUCGCGUCAAUACUGAUGGUGCUACGUCAACCGCAGGAAAAGUUAAAAUAAUGCUCGAGAGUAAUCAAGUUAAAACUCAUUAUUGUUGGAUUAAGAGUUUAAAUCGAUUAAUUGACCAUCAACUAAAUAAUCACCAGCACAAGUAUUUCAUUUGCGAUCGCUGUUUAAAUUACUUUGAAGAAAAGAAAGAUUUAGAGCGUCACUAUGGAAAGUGUCAGAAUGAGUGUCACAUUGAAAUGCCUACUAAAGAUAAUAAUAUAAUUAAAUUUGAAAAUCAUCAAAAGCAAUUGAAAGCACCAUUUAUAAUUUACGCCGAUACUGAGGCAUAUCUAAAGCAACUCAGCGAAGAAGAGAGAAACCGUGUGUUCAGCGAAACGUCUUCAACAGUCGCAUAUCAAGAGCAUAAAGUCUAUAGUGUUGGAUAUUAUUUCAAGUGUGAAUACGAUGACUCACUAUCACACUAUAAAACCAGCGGGAUCAAAGCCAAUUGCAUUGAGUGGUUUAUCAAUGAACUCCAUUGUAUCGCAAACUUUGUCGAAAAGCAGCUAAAUAAAAAUGAACCUAUGAAAGAAAUGGAUUGGGAUGAAGCAUUUAUAUUUUCGGAUCCGGAAAGUGUUUGUUCGAUAUGUGGAUUGCAAUUCAAUCCGAGUGAAACGCGGGUCCGUGAUCAUUGUCAUUUCACAGGGAAAUUCAGAGGGCCAGCUCACGUUAACUGCAAUUUGAAAUAUAAAGAGAGUCGAGAAAUUCCAAUAAUCAUGCAUAAUUUAUCUGGUUACGAUGCCCACUUAUUCAUUAAGCAAUUAGCAACGCAAAUGGAAGGCGAUGUAAAUAUAAUCCCAAACAAUUCUGAGCAGUACAUUUCAUUUUCAAAAGUCGUUGAUGAUGGAAUUAAGCAGCGAUCGGAGCGUAAAGAUAAGAUCAAACUAAAAUUUUUGGAUAGCUGCCGUUUCAUGCAUGAGAGUCUAGCUCAAUUAGCUUCGUUGAUUCCAACUGAAAAGAAAUGUAUUCUAUACAAAGAAUUUCGAAAGGAAUAUUCACCGGAACUGUUGUGUAUGCUUGAACGUAAAGGUGUUUUCCCAUACGAUUAUGUGGAUAGUUUUCAGCGAUUAAAAGAAACAGCAUUACCAUGGAAAGAACAGUUUUACAGCAAGCUUUACAAUGAACAUAUUGACGAUGAUGAAUAUGAUUUUGCUCGAGAAAUUUGGAACAAAUUCGGAAUAAAAACACUUGGUGAAUAUUCUGAAUUAUACUUAAAAACUGACGUACUAUUGCUGGCUGAUGUGUUUGAAAACUUUCGAGAUAUGUGCCAUGAAAUCUACAAUCUUGAUCCGGCACAUUAUUACACCGCACCUGGGCUUUCUUUUGAUGCCAUGCUGAAAUAUACAAAAGUUAAUAUUGAGCUAUUAACCGAUAUUGAUAUGCUGCUUUUCGUUGAGCGUGGAAUUCGAGGUGGGAUAACACAAUGCAACAAACGAUAUGUCGAAGCCAAUAAUAAGUAUAUGAAGGAAGGCUAUGACCCCAGCAAGAAAACCAAUUACUUGAUGUAUUUGGAUGCAAAUAACCUGUAUGGAUAUGCGAUGUGUCAGCCGCUACCGAUUGGUGAAUAUAAAUGGGCCGACUUUGAUUUGAGCAAUAUUGAGAAUAUGAAGAAGAUCAUAGAAGAUUUACCAGAUGAUUCGGAUACUGGGUAUAUAUUUGAAGUCGAUUUGGAUUAUCCGGACUAUAUUCAUAAUGAGCAUAACGAUUUUCCAUUUUGUGCUGAAAGAAUGAAGCUGCCGCAGCAGGCUUUUGAUAUUUUAAAAGAUAGGGCUAGCAAAGUCGUUGGUUAA